AUGAAGCAAAACAGCAAUUUACAAAUUAUAGGACAAAAUAUUAUUUUAGUGCCUUACAAAGAAUACCAUGUGCCUAAAUACCAUAACUGGAUGAAAUCCGAAGAAUUACAAAAACUUACGGCAUCAGAACCUUUAACGCUGGAAGAGGAAUAUAAAAUGCAAAAAUCUUGGCAAGAAGAUGAUGACAAAUGUACUUUUGUUAUUCUGGAUAAAAAUGCAUUAUGUGAACAAAACAGUUCUGAGAUUGAUGCUAUGAUUGGUGAUACAAAUAUUUUCAUAACAAAUAAGGAGAAAAUGCUUGGUGAAAUUGAAAUCAUGAUUGCAGAGAAAACAGCUAGAGGUAACAUAACUAUUGAAGAGUCAACAGAAGGUUCCAGCUCUAGUGAUGAAUCUAAGCAUUCUGAUAGGCCUGUACCACUUUAUAUGGCGGUGGAAGUAAACACACUUCAUAUUUUGGCCUCGACCGCAACAACGCCGCAUUUACCAUCAGAAGAAAAGACUGUUGAACCUCCAGAGUUUAGUUAUUCAGCGUCUGUAGAACAUGAAGACUAUGAAAGUUUUAAUUCCGAGUUCAAAAGUCAACAGGAUACAGAAUUAUCGUGUGACAUCGAGUUUACUACUUGCGAGUCUUACAAAGAGUGGCAAAUUGGCGAUAUUUUGCUAGAAGAUUAUCCUUUAUCCCUAGACGAUUUAACUCAAGCCUCAUUCUUAGGUGCAACUGAUUCAUUGACGGAUUCUACUCUUACUCUUGGACCUCAUGAACCAUGUUCUUAUGAUGACGCCAUGCAUUACUCUUUCGAUUUUGCGCAACAGGUACAUUUACCGCACAGCUCCCAACAAAUCGGGCCACUGUAUUUCUUCUUCUUUCUGACAGGGUUUAAAGUCUGUUUAUUCGGUGUUGCUGUAGAGCCAUUGAAAAAUCAAGACGUUGAAGUAAAGUCGGAGGAAGAUGUUGGUGUCAAAUAUGCGAAUAGAUGUGAAGUAUGCAAAAUUCUUGCCACUGAGUUACAAAGCAGGCUUGAAGAAACCGGAAAAGUACAUGAUGUGAUUGAAAUCGGGUAUUCGUUGGAUGAUGUACAGCCUAAAAAAGAAAACUAA